AUGAAGCCUUCCUAUUUGGAUAGUCUUGAGCGGAUCAAAGAAGAACAUUCUGAGAUGAGUAAGCAUUUGAGCCAGCAGAAGAGUGAGCUUGAAAAGAUAAAUAUGGAGAAAGAGAACAUGACCCGAUCCUUCAUGACUUACGCAGAAGUGUCUUCAACAAUGCGUGCAGAUCUCAAAAGAGCAGAGGAAAUGAACAAACGUCUACAAGACUUCAUCAUGCAGACGCUGAGCCCACUGCUCUCUCCGGAGCACCAGGCGAGCUGUCUUGCUGCCUUGGAAUCCUUCAAAUCCGCUUCAUCGCCACGAGAAAAUGGAAAUGGUGCUGCUCUUCCACCAGGAUUCCCACCAGUAGCUGCUGGAAUGCUCGGAAUGUUUCCAAAUAUGCCAUUCGGAAUGAACCCAGCAAUGAGCCAACUCUUCAAUCAGUUCGCCCAAGGAAACGGUGCAGACGCUGUCGCUGGAUCAUCUGGAGGCUCUGAAGCGAAAAAGCCUAAAUUGGAAGAACCUGAUGACGGAGAGCUAGAAAUCGACGUAACGAACGACGAUAAUCCAACCACAGCUAACGGUGCUACUCAUAAAAACGGGAGAGAUAGUACAAAUAGUGUUGCUUCAUCUGGAGCAUCAACACCGAGCAUUGCUUCGAACUCGGCGAAAGGAAGACAACAACAGCCUCCUGGAAAUCUGCAAUCGCUAGAGCAGAUGAGCUUUUUAGCUGGACUCAAUCCGAACAUGCUCCGACAAGCAGGAGGAUUCAAUCUUUUCAAUGAUCCACACACUUCAGCACGAUUGGCUGCUGCUAUGAAUCAAAUGGGAGGACGACCAGCUUAUUCUUUCAAGAUUGUUGAUAACGGCAUCCCAACACCUACCACAUUCCCACCAGAUGCACAGAAAGGACCUGGAAUACCGACUGGUCUCAAGAAACGAAUGGAACUAAAUCAUGGAGAAGUUGUCUGUGCAGCUACGAUCGCUCGUGACAACACAAGAGUGUACACUGGUGGAAAGGGUUGUGUCAAAGUUUGGGAUAUAACUGAAUCUGAUCUCACUUCCACCUCAACUGUCAGCCGACCAUGUAUUGCAACCCUCGAGUGUCUCAAAGACAAUUACAUCCGCUCAUGCAAACUGUUCCAAGACGGAAAAACUCUUCUGAUUGGUGGAGAAGCCAGUACUGUUGCAUUAUGGGAUCUUACAACUCAAAUGAAGACUCUGGAUUUGGAAACUGAGUCCCAAGCCUGCUAUGCUCUCGCAUUAUCUCCAGAUGAGAAACUCUUGUUUGCCUGCUUAGCCGAUGGAAACAUUCUCAUCUAUGAUAUUCACAAUAAAGAGAAGGUUUGCACUCUUCCUGGACAUCAAGACGGAGCUUCAUGCCUUGAUCUUUCUAAUGACGGAACAAAACUUUGGUCAGGUGGACUUGAUAACUCUGUCCGCUGCUGGGAUAUGAGCCAACGUGUCGAACUAGCCAAAUACGAUUUCAACAGUCAAGUCUUCUCUUUGGGAUGUUGUCCAGAUGAUGAAUGGGUGGCUGUUGGAAUGGAAAACAAUAAUGUUGAAGUUCUCUCAACAUCUGGCAAAGAAAAAUAUCAGCUAACCCAACACGAAUCCUGUGUACUGUCUUUAAAGUUCGCCCAUUCUGGAAAGUUCUUCAUUUCUACUGGAAAGGACAACGCGCUGAACGCUUGGCGAACACCAUACGGAGCUUCUCUUUUCCAACUGAAAGAGAAUACAUCUGUCCUGUCGUGCGACAUUUCCUUUGAUGAUUCCCUCAUUGUGACUGGAUCUGGAGAAAAGAAGGCAACUCUAUAUUCAAUCGACUAUUAA